CAGAAGCACCAUCAUUUGCACCCUCCUUAUAGAUCACACACCUUAACCCUGACAUUUUAGCUUCAGUUUUUCUAAAGAAGUGAAGCCAAGAUGAAGAACCAUUUGCUUUUCUGGGGAGUCCUAGCCAUUUUUGUUAAGGCUGUUCUUGUGACAGCCCAAGAUGAAGAUGAAACGACUGUUCUUGCUGACAACAAAUGUCAGUGUGUCCGUAUUACUUCCAGGAUCGUUCCUUCUGCUGAAGAUCCUAAUGAAGACAUUGUGGAGAGAAACAUCAGAAUUAUUGUUCCUCUGAACAACCGGGAGAAUAUCUCUGAUCCCACCUCUCCAGUGAGAACUGAAUUUGUGUACCAUUUGUCCAACAUCUGUAAAAAGUGCGAUCCUGUGGAAGUGGAGCUAGGUGAUCAGAUAGUCAUGGCCAGCCAGAGCAACAACUGUGACGAAGACGAUGAGGUCUGCUACACUUAUGACAGAAACAAGUGCUACACAAAUCGGGUCCCCUUUACCUAUGGCGGUGUGACCAGGAUGGUGGAGACAGCCCUGACCCCGGAUUCCUGCUACGCCGACUAACUGAAGUCACUGCUGGCUGCAUAGCUCCUUAUCUUAAAAGGCUCUUCCUUUCGAGGCAGUAUAUUUACCACCAAUGAAUUUGAAACAAUGGUUUUUUUCUUAAUGUAAAAGUAACCCCCCAAAUUGAAAUGGUAGUGUUAUUAUUUUUACUGAAAUUACUUUUCAACUGUACGUUCUCACGCUAAGUAUUGAAACCCCUCAUCAUCCUUGCCCGAAGGGGCAGAUGCCCCAAAGAAUAUAAUUUCUAGAAUUUAAAAUUAACAAGGGGAGAAAAUAAAACUCAAAGAGUAAAAAUCAGAAAAAACAAUUAAAUUUCAACUUUCUUUUUCUUUCUUUCUUUUUAUUUUUUUUUUGGCAUUGCCUUGGAGAGCCAGAGCUUUUGCACCUUCCAUACUAUUCUUUUCUUAAAAAGUAUCACUGUUUAGAGAACAUUUAUAUGUAAACAUAGAUCAGUUAUAUGUCUUCACUAGAAAAAUCAUAAUUGGAAGACAUGUUUUGAAAAUAUUUGUAAUAGAAAUUUAAAAUGGGAUCUUCAUUUAUGGAACUAAAGAGCCAAACAUGACAUAAUUAAAUGCAUUUUUGAAAAAUAUAUUUUAACAUAGCAUAGAUUUGGUGGCAGAUGAUACAGACUUUUUUUUUGAUAAUCAGGAUAGUGUAAGAAAUUCCUAUUGGAAAUCAUGUAUGUUGUAACUGAAUCUGGUAAACUAUGUGUUCCAAAAUAUGUAUUCUCUAGCACAGUUUGAAUAAUUAAAUAAAUUCAUGAGCAUA